AUGGCGUUCGGCUCACUGUUCAUGCUUUGGAACGCACUGCAAGAGAAAGACCCCCCGAUAGACCCUGCAACAUUGGGAAUAGUCACAGGCCUCACGGCCUUCUACCCACCCAUGGACGCGACCAAAUCGCGCGCGGAGCGCGCAGCCUCGAACCCGGCGUUUGUGGCCCUCGAGAAGAAACCGGCCUCGUCGUCCAAAACCAUCCUGGACAAUUUCGACCGCGCCUACUUCUGGAAUGUGCCGGAGCCGCAGAUGCCGUCUAAAACAUACAUGUGUGUUUCCCCCUGGCUUGCGCCCGAGAAGAUUAUCAAGGCGGCGUUGCCGACGCGCAUAUUUGUGAAGCUGGCUGAGGGUGUGGCUGCGGCUGCGCGGUUCAGGGAUCUGGGCAUGAAGGUUGACUGCGAGGUUGUUCAGGGGGUGGUGCAUUAUUGGGAUCAUUUGGCCAAGACACAGCAGGAGAAACGCCUUCGGCACGAGGUUUAUGGAAAAGCAGCUGAUGAGAUUGCGGAGGUGCUGGAGAUCAAGGGCACAUACAUGGCUAGAUUCUAG